GCUUGAGGCCAAGAGUUCAAACAUGCUCUGUGAUGGCCUCUGUCUCCCUAGUGAGUGAUACUCUAACUUUCCAUUUCUGACAAAAAUAUAGAUUAUUAUAGGGAUGGCAGCAGAGGGAUUGUAAUUGGACCCAGGUCCAGGUGCUUACUGCUAGAAAGCCAAACUUAAGAGUCAAACUCGGUCACUUCCGUCCAGGCCGGAACCCAAGAUGGCUGCGCUCUUGCUGAGACAUGUUGGCCGUCAUUGCCUCCGAGCCCACUUUAGUCCUCAGCUCUGUAUCAGAAAUUGGUCUCUUCCCAUGGCGAUGUCAUUUUGCCACUGUGGCACCGGUAUUGCCAUGAGUGCAGGGGUUUCUCUUUUUGGCUUGUUGGCCCUGUUGCUCCCUGGGAACUUUGAAUCUUAUUUGGAACCCGUGAAGUCCCUGAGUCUGGAGCCAGCUCUGAUCCACACAGCAAAGUUUGCCCUCGUCUUCCCUCUCAUGUAUCAUACCUGGAAUGGAAUCCGACACUUGAUGUGGGAUCUAGGAAAAGGUCUGAAGAUUCCCCAGCUAUACCAGUCUGGAGUGGCUGUCUUGGUGCUUACUGUGUUAUCCUCCGUGGGUCUGGCAGCCAUGUGAAGAGCUGAAGUUCCGGCAUCUUCUUCCUACACACGAUUACAUUGACCCAUCUUCCUG